GAGCGAACGAGAAACAGACAGAGAGAGGGAAGAAAAGAUCGAAGGAAAUAAUUUCUUGGAAAGAGACACCUCACCGCCGCCUCCUCACUGCUAUCCCACUCACGAAUAAAGCAGCCUCUCCUCUUCGCUUCCUUCCCUUCUACUCCUCGCCUCUUCUUCCAUAAUUGUUGUCUCCCUCCCUCUUCAAGUUGGAGUUGGCAGAUCCCGGAUUCCUCCUCCUCCACGUCCGACCAUGGAUCCUUCUGGAUCGAGCUCGGAAGGUCCCGGGGGGAAGCCGCCGGCGCGGCCGCAGAAGCCCGGCCCUUGGCCGCCCCGGAUCGAGCCCUUCUUUGCCAACAAGGACCACAACCCUUGGGAGCUCAUGUCCUGGGCCAGGCGCACCGGCUUCAACCCCAACCACUCCGGCGAGACCGCCAGCGUCGUCAGCGACAGGGACGCCGCCGACGAGCAGAACUCCGCCCGAGGUCUGGAUUUGGAGAGGGGGAUCCGCCGCCGAGGUGACGGAGUGCCGAGGAAGCCCGAGAUCGAGCCAGUGGCAGGCCGCGGGAGGACCAAUAGGGGGGUCGAGAUCGGCCCGAUGGUGCCGGGUCCGGGAGCUGGGCCGGCAGCGAGGAGCGAGAAGGAGAAGAGGAAAGUUGGGGUCGAGCCACCGGCGGUGGGGUUGAAGGAUGAGAGGAGAGAGGCUGGAGAGGAGACUCCGUUAAGAAUUAAGAGUGACGGACCGGAGGGUAACGGACACGGGAACGGGGCUGCUGCAAUUUCUCUCGUUAAAGCUGAUGAGGAUUCGAGGAAGGAGGCGGGGAAAGAUGAGAGGGAAGUGGGGAAAGACGAGAGGGAAGUGGAAAUCGACUUCUUUUCGGAUGGGCAAGAGCCUGAGGAUCUUUCUGGGUACAAGCCACCGUCGGGGUUUCGAGCCGGUGUGACCGAAAACCCUGGUCUUGUGCCUCUAAUUUUUUAUGGCGUACAACAUUACUUAUCAUUGGCUGGUUCACUUGUGUUCAUCCCUUUGAUCAUGGUGCCAACCAUGGGUGGUACUGAUGAGGAGACUGCUACUGUGAUUUCCACCAUGCUAUUAGUUUCUGGUAUCACAACAAUAAUGCAUUCCUACUUUGGCAGCAGGCUUCCGUUGGUCCAAGGAAGCUCCUUUGUUUAUCUGGCUCCUGCUUUGGUAAUCAUUAAUUCUGAAGAGUUCCGCAAUCUUAGUGAAAAUAAGUUUAAGCACAUAAUGAGAGAACUACAAGGGGCUAUACUUGUUGGUUCAGUUUUUCAAGCAGUUUUGGGAUACAGUGGCCUGAUGUCACUUCUUCUGAGGUUAAUAAAUCCAGUGGUAGUUGCUCCAACAGUGGCUGUAGUAGGGUUGGCCUUCUUCAGCUAUGGUUUUCCUCAAGCUGGGAGUUGCGUGGAAAUAAGCAUUCCCUUAAUUUUAUUGGUUCUAAUUUUCACUUUGUAUCUCAGAAGAAUAUCCUUAUUUGGGAAUCGUAUAUUCUUAAUUUAUGCGGUUCCGCUCAGCGUUGCCAUUGUGUGGGCAUAUGCAUUCUUUCUGACAGCAGGUGGGGCUUAUAACUAUAAGGGUUGCAGCUCAAAUAUACCAAGUUCAAACAUCUUAUCAGAUAGGUGUAGAAGACAUGAAAUUACUAUGAAGCGUUGUCGAACUGAUGUUUCUAAUGCCUGGAGGGCUGCUGCUUGGGUCAGGGUUCCUUAUCCAUUCCAGUGGGGUUUUCCCACCUUCCAUUUCAGAACAUCACUUAUCAUGGUCAUAGUAUCACUGGUUGCAUCAGUUGACUCGGUCGGGACAUACCAUGCUACAUCCUUGUUAGUGAACUUGAGUCCUCCAACACCUGGAGUUGUUAGCAGGGGAAUAGGCUUGGAAGGGUUUGCAAGUAUAUUGGCUGGACUCUGGGGUACUGGAACUGGAUCGACAACAAUAACCGAGAAUAUACAUACCAUUGAUGUCACUAGGGUAGCAAGCAGAAAGGCCCUGGAGUUUGGAGCAUCAUUACUAAUUCUCUUCUCAUUUGUAGGAAAGAUUGGUGCUCUCCUUGCUUCCAUUCCACUUGCGCUGGCUGCUUCUGUUCUUUGCUUCACAUGGGCAUUAAUAGUGGCACUCGGCCUUUCUACUUUACAGUAUACUCAAACUGCAAGUUCAAGGAAUAUAAUUAUUGUUGGAUUUACUUUAUUCAUCUCUUUUUCAAUUCCUGCAUAUUUUCAACAGUAUGAACCCAAUUCCAGCCUCAUUCUACCAAGCUAUCUUGUGCCUUAUGGGGCAGCUUCAAAUGGACCAGUCCAUACUAGCAGUGAAGGGUUCAAUUUUGCACUGAAUGGUCUUUUAUCACUUAACAUGGUGGUGGCAUUCCUUGUGGCAUUUAUACUCGACAACACGGUUCCUGGUAGCAGACAGGAAAGAGGGGUAUAUAUAUGGUCAGAUAGUAAGAGACUAGACACUGAUUCAUCUUCUCUUGAACCCUAUUCUUUGCCCGCAAAAGUUAGACGCUACUUCUGGUGGGCUAAGUGGGUUGGUUUGUGAUCUGACACCCGUGAAGUCUCAUCGACCUACCAAGCUCAGCCCAGCCAUGUCAACCCCUCUUGUGACAUAUUCUUGCUGUUUGAUCAUCAUAGAAUCUGCUGGAAUCAUUAUAUAAAUUUUAGUUAUUCCUAUACCCAGUCACAAGUAAGCUGAGGGUGGACUUGGGAGUCUUGUUUUGUUCACUCUCCUUUGAUACUACCUCAUUUGAGGAUCUGCCGGGUCUGAGCUAGAAUAACAAGGUGCUCCAAAUUCAGUUGCCAAUAGGAGAAUGCAGCUAUUGUUCUAUCAGUUCUUUAUAAGGUGGCUGCUAUUUUGCCCACUAAUGAUUUGUUGUGUAUGUUACCUUAUAGAUUUAGACAUCCACUAUUGAGGGGGAUGAGAAAAGAAAAGAUACCAGGAUGUCAAAGUUUUCAGAAUGAUGAUUGAGAUGUGUUUUUGCACACUAACA